AUGCCGGUCAACUAUGUGGCCAAGUACCUCAGCUACGUCUCAACCAAUCAAUUGAUAUGCGGCGCCAUCGUCAUACUGGGCGUCUACGUCUUGAAGGCGUGGACGGGCGGGAGGCGGAAUACGUGGGAGAGGGACUGGACGGGCAAGAUGAUCUUGAUAGUUGCUCCGCCCUCCCCGGUCAUUCUGUCGCUAAUCCAUCACCUCCUUCACCUCCCUCAACCUCCCCAAAUCCUCUUUCUUCCCCCCUUCGCCUCUCCUCUACCCGAAGACCUCCUCACCAUCAUCCACACCCUCCGUCUCUCGGCAGAAAGUAAUCACCUCGCUCAAUUACACUGUGAACCGCUGCCCCGGACACCAGCGGCUGUCGCGGAUUUCACGAGGAAAUGGGGCACGGGACUGAAGGGCACUAUAAGCGAGAGUGGGCGGAGGGUGGAUGCGGUCGUCCUAGGCGAUGGCUGGGAAGCCGCCCCAGCGCAAUCAACAGACGGCAUCGGAAAAUCCUGGUCGACCCCGCAAUUCCAAUUCCACCUCCUGACCUCUCUCCUCCCCUUCCUCCUCCGCGCGCCCGCCGAGCGAUCCAUCCGCCUCGUCACCCUCAUCUCGCCCGGAUGGGCCGCCGCUCUCCCGUCCCUCCAAAACACACCAUUGAAGGAUACACCCGUCACCAUAUCCGGUCUCCGGGGAUUGACGAUGCUGCUCGUCGUGCGCCACUUCCAGCUCAUACUGGAUACGCUGGCCAAGGCUGCGUAUAGGAAGGAGGCGGAGACGUCUGUACCUGUACCGGACCCAAAUGCGGACAUGGCGGGGACGAUGCCAGGCAAGGGGGAGAAGGGGAAGAAGGGAGAAGAGGGACUGAAGAGCAAUGUGCUGGGCGUGAGCGUGAUCAUGCCGUGGACUAGGGAGGAGGUCAUUAGGGGUGCGGUGGGCGCCGAUGAGAGCACCUUGGGGUUAUUGAGCUAUAUCCUGUUCUACCCUAUCUUGAUCUUCCUCACGCCUUCGCCAGCACGCGCGAUCCACUCGAUCCUCUUUGCUCUCUCCGCGCCGAUUCGGUAUCCCGGCUCUCAAGCCAAAGGGGAGGAAGAUCCGAAGAGUGCAGCGGUGAGUGGAGGGGACGUCGUGCGAAACUGCCAAGUCGUCGAUCUACCGCCUGUGAUGCUAGAGCCUGGAUUGGCGAGGGCAAACUACGAGGCAUUGGAGCGGGAGGUGGAGAUGCGGAUCAAGGCGGAGAAGGGGAAGAGUGGAUGA